CCCGCCCACCUAGCGCAGGUGGGCAUGCGCAAUUCUUGUUCUCCAGACCCUGCUGGGCUUUUCCCGCCCUUCCCCGGCCUUUGGAGGAGGGUCGGAGUUCACUUUCUUCUAGCUAUAACCUGCCCGAUGAGGGUUGGAUGCGGGACUAACAGGUCGUGGUCGUCAUUUUGGUUCUAAAUCUUAGGAGGGGGCAAAGGACGUUCUACGACUUUAGGCCAAGAGCCAGGAGGCGGGAAGAAGUUGUGUGGGCGGGGCCGGGGUGAGAGGUCAGAGGGCUGCGAGCGGGGCGGAGCGAACCUGAGGCGGAUGGCGGCUCACCACCUUCCGCGGCAGAGGCGCUGAAGCUGGGACCCGAGUCGGGCGCCUUAGGCGGAGGAAGGAGAGCGGCGGCCGCUCCCAACAUGCACAGCCUGGCGACCGCGGCGCCUGUGCCUACUGCACUGGCUCAAGUGGAUAGAGAAAAAAUCUAUCAGUGGAUCAACGAGCUAUCCAGCCCUGAGACAAGGGAAAAUGCUUUGCUGGAGCUAAGUAAGAAGCGAGAAUCUGUUCCUGAUCUUGCACCCAUGCUGUGGCAUUCCUUUGGUACUAUAGCAGCACUUUUACAGGAAAUUGUAAAUAUUUACCCAUCUAUCAACCCACCUACCUUGACAGCGCACCAAUCCAACAGAGUUUGCAAUGCUCUGGCAUUACUGCAAUGUGUGGCAUCACACCCAGAAACCAGGUCAGCUUUUCUUGCAGCACAUAUCCCACUUUUUUUGUACCCCUUUUUGCACACUGUCAGCAAAACACGUCCCUUUGAGUAUCUUCGGCUCACCAGUCUAGGAGUUAUUGGAGCCUUGGUGAAAACAGAUGAGCAAGAAGUAAUCAACUUUUUAUUGACAACAGAAAUUAUUCCUUUGUGUUUACGCAUUAUGGAAUCUGGAAGUGAGCUUUCUAAAACGGUUGCCACAUUUAUCCUCCAGAAGAUCCUCUUAGAUGACACUGGUUUGGCUUAUAUAUGUCAGACAUACGAGCGUUUUUCUCAUGUUGCCAUGAUCUUGGGUAAAAUGGUCCUGCAGCUGUCCAAAGAGCCUUCUGCCCGCCUACUGAAGCAUGUAGUAAGAUGUUACCUUCGACUUUCAGAUAAUCCCAGGGCACGUGAAGCACUCAGGCAGUGCCUCCCUGACCAGCUGAAGGACACAACCUUUGCCCAGGUGCUAAAAGAUGACACCACCACGAAACGCUGGCUUGCACAACUGGUGAAGAACCUUCAAGAGGGCCAGGUCACCGAUCCCCGGGGUAUCCCCCUGCCCCCUCAGUGAUCCCCCUGUCUCCUCCCACUAUUCCCCCAAGUUGGGGAAGGGAGGGGAACCCACGAGGAAAACAGCUCAGGUUUUAUCGCCGACCGAGAAUAGACAACCUCAAUGCUGAACUGCACUGGAGAAAAGGGGCAAGCUACCCCUGCUGAGGUGUAUGGGCUGCCAUCUCAGGCUGCCUUGAGGACCUCGUUGAGGACCUGGGCUCCCUCGGCUACUCCCAGGAAAUGGGCUUCUGACACAGCAGUCUGCCACCACAGCCCCAGAAGGGUGUCAACACCAGCAAAUGCUGUAUUAGCAGCAUGCCCAAGAUGACCCUGCUUCCCUUCCUCUACCUAGCCACUGGCAGGAAGGGGAGACAGUGGUGAUAGCAGCAGCACUCUAGGCAUGGUGAGCGCCUGGGACCAAGCCAUGUGGCGUUUUUUACUUUGCCUUCCUGGAAGACUCAAGAUGUGUCUCUUAAUUCUCUCUCUCAGUAUUUGUUUACUUUGGUUUUUUUGUUUUUAAUCUCAGAGAGAGGUAUGUUAGUGGACACAGCUAUAAUUUUCAGCAAGACUUUGUCAAUUGGCACUGUUUACAAGUCUGUUAGCUGCAUAAGCUCAAUAAAAAGUUGGUCUGGGCAUUACAUCCCCUCUGGCAGGCCAAUAGCUGCAUCAGGCUGUUGGGCGGAAUGGGAGUCAGGGGAAAGAUGUAAAGCCAAAGGACAGCAGGAAAACACCGCCUGUUUCCCUCCUUCUCCCAUUCUUCUGCUCCUAUUCCUGGGUGCCGUGAGGACCUUAACCUUGUUUCUGGCUUUAGCUGCUAGCUUUUCCAAAUCUGUGCUUUUCCUUUUUCAUUUCCCUCUUAUUAAACUUAAAAUAGAUGUCUUAACUCAUCCUGCUAUCCUGAAAGGGUAUUAUAUUGUGGCAAGAGGGGUGGCAGUCUUCAAAUUCAAGUCUUCAGAGAUGUAUUCCAGAUGAUAUUUAAAAGGGAGGUGCCUGGGAUUAAGGUGCUAGGCCACCUGAUCCCAUUCUUGUAGUGUGAAUUUCAGCAGCUCCAUCUGUCUUCAUGAUUGUACUUGAAGCAGUAUUAGCUGAAUGGGUUUAUUUUAUUCACAUUUGAAAUGGAGGGCUGGACUCUGCUUGCUCACUCAGUCUUUCCCUUUUGUCCAUGGGAAUUACAGGGUUCACUAAAAUAGUUUUCACUUGUUCGUACUGUGUUGGAGAAUUCCCCUUCCUUCUCCUGAGCGUUAGCUUGUUCUGUUCACAAUCCACAGGCUUGAACCUAACCUACUAUAAUCUGCCUUGCCUUCCCCAGUCCUUUCCUGUUAGUAUCUGCUUCUCUUAUACCCAUCUCCAGUCAGAGAUGGGUUUGCUGGUCCAGCUCUAGAGAGGGACCAAGUCUUUUCUGUCCACAUCUCAUACAAUUGAGGAUGUAGGUCUCUGAACAAGUUUGAGGAAGAUCUAUAAGGGCAAGUUUAGAAAUCUUUGCAGAGGCAGUAUUGCCAACUCAAGGGCUCUUUCAAGCCGACUUUCACAAAGGGAGCCGGCCUUGUUAGUUGGCUUCUGUCUCAUUAGAGCCAAGAAAGUAGUAAUUAAAUAGCCUAGAUAUAGGAAGGGUAGAAUAAGCACUUAUUCCUCUGCCUUCCAAAAUGAAGAGGAGAACCAGACCUGAAGAGGAGAGGUCUUGGAGAAAGCAGAAACCAGCAUGGACUGGAUAAACGUCUUGACUUCCUUCAGCCCACAGCCUGUGAUCUGGAGAGUCCACCUAGGGUAAUCCUGAUUUUUGACAACCGCCUUCCUGCUGAGCCAAAGUUUUCUCAUUCCCCCUCCACUGGGGAAGCAGCUGAGGCCCAGGCCUUGCUCCCUGGGAAGUUCUCUCCAUCUUUCGGUGCAUUGGCCAUGUUACUGUGCCAAUAGUGUCUUAAUUCUUGUCCCAUCUAUUCUCAGCUGGCCUUGGAACGCACAUAGGAGUUAUUGGGGGAGGGGCAGAAUGGGUAUUAUUCCUUAUGGUUGGUCUUGAUGUUUUGUGUAUUGUAUAAAGAGACCCCUCCCCUUAUUUUGUGUUUUCCAUCCCUCUCACUCCCUCAACAGGACUGAAAUAAAACAUGCUUCUGUUUUUGUAAAAAUAA